UCUUUAUGCUGCUACAGGUGGAGUUUGAGUUUAAGUGAGAUGGGAGCAUAUGUAGCUGCAAUCAUCUUCUUCCUCUCCCUCUCAACUGCGUUAUGUCUUCGCAUCCCUGCUCUUUCUUCAGACACAACAUGCGACCUCAGCAACCAACCCCACUCUCGCACUCUCAGAUCCGAUCAACUAACCGUUCUCAUCAACGGCUAUUCUGAGUCCCGCCUCCCUCUCCUCCUCUCCAUUGCCGCCUCCUUCUCUGCAUCCCCACUGGUAUCCUCUGUUCAGGUCCUCUGGGGUAACCCCUCCACCCCACCCCUUACUCUAUCCCAAUUCGCCAACAACCUCUCGCUCUCUUCCUGGGGCGCCGCCAUCUCCCUCGUCCCCCAACCAUCCCGCAGCCUCAACGCCCGAUUCCUGCCAAGGUCAUCGAUCAAGACACGUGCCGUCCUGGUGUGCGAUGAUGACGUGGAAGUGGAUCCCAAGACGGUGGAAUUCGCGUUCAAGAUGUGGAGGGGCAAUCCGGAUCGUUUGAUUGGGGUAUUCGUGAGAUCACAUGAUAUAGAUUUGUCGAGAAAGGAGUGGAUCUAUACGGUGCAUCCGAACAAAUAUUCCAUAGUGCUCACCAAGUUCAUGAUGAUGAAGGGGGAGUACUUGUUCAAUUACAGUUGCGAAGGAGGGGCCCCAAUGCGCGAGAUGAGGAGGGUAGUCGAUGAGAAGCGCAAUUGCGAGGAUAUUCUGAUGAACUUUGUGGUGGCGGAGGAGACGAAUGAGGGGCCUCUCAUGGUGGGAGCGGAAAGGGUCCGAGACUGGGGAGACCCAAGAAAUGAAGAUGGUGAUGGCUAUGGCGUAAGAGACGUGGGGCUGAGCAGUAGGAGAGCGGAGCACCGGAAGAGGAGAGGGGAAUGCAUAAUGGAGUUCCAUAGGAUUUGGGGAAGGAUGCCCCUAAGAUACAGUUAUGGUAAGCUGGUUUCAUCUGUUGGAGAGCAAGGCCUUUGUAACAAAGGCUCCAAGUUGGUGCCUUGUGACCAUUGAAUCAAAAUUCAUCCUUCCUUUGUUUCUGCUAACUUUGCAAUCAAAAUAAACAACAUCAUGCCGAUUCAG